UAAACAAUUUGUCCCAGAAAUAUCUUAUGAUUAUAACAUAUUGUCAUACACUUUAACAGUGAUGAAGUUACCACUACAUGUAAUCUAAGAUGCAGGGAAUCUCACUGAUCAGUGUCCUACUUCUAAUAUAUCGAGUUGACGGAGGCUCCAAACCAAAAUCUUCCAAUAUGGCUGACCCCAAUCAAUACGUCACAAAGGAUACCUUCAAGUUAACUCAUAAAGAAGUGAAGGCGUUGAAGUACAUCCCUGAUGGGAGGUUCAGCUCUAAGGAUUGCUUAGGAGUUUUAGCAAAUAAUCCUGAUGAUAAUUUCGAGAAAGGUUGGUAUAUAAUUGCACCUUGCACGAACAACACCAAAAGGAAAAUCAAAGUUUAUUGUGACCAGCCUGAGGCAAAUGGCAAGUUUGGAGGCUGGACGGUCAUCCAGAAAAAUGACGGGACGAAAUCAAUGAAUUACAACUGGCAAACGUACAAAACUGGUUUCCAAGAUGGUGAAAGCUUCUGGUUAGGAAACGACAACAUAUAUGACAUAUUUGAAAACCAAACAACGCCAAUGAUGAUGUUGAUUGAGGCAUGGUUCAAGAAAGGAAACAGAAAUAAGCCUAACAAUUAUAGGAGUGCAAUUUAUAAUGGGGUAACUAUUAAAAAUGAGGCCAACAAUUAUGAGCUUUGUGUUAAUACCAUUGGUGAUUUUGAUCCUUUGGGCCUGAGACAUGUUGAUCCUCCUUGUGUACGCUUCAGUACUCAUGAUAGGGACAAUGACUUUGCUGUGGAUGCGAAUUGUGCUGAGAUGUUUGGAGGAGGAAUGUGGUAUACAAACUGCACAGAUUUGAAUGUAAAUGGUUAUAAUGGCAAUUUGGACAGUGGUACUAAUAAAAGGAAAAGGAAUAAGAAAACUCAAAGUAAUAACAAUCAUUCUUUCAUAAAAGGUAUGUGGUGGUACAGCUGGAAAAGACAAAUGAUGUUGGGCCUUGAAAAUGUAGAAAUAAAGGUACGUCCCAUACAAAAGAGCUGCAAGGCAGUUAGGGAAGCAAUGAAGAUACCACGCAAUGCAAAACAUGAAGGGGUUUACAACAUUCAAUACGACCCUAAAUUUCCUGCUGUAAAAAUGCGAUGUUAUUUUGACGCUGAAGGAGAUUGGACAGUUAUUCAAACUCGCACUGAUGGAGCAUUAGACUUUGAUCGACCAUGGAAAGAUUACUCAAAAGGCUUUGGAGAUCUGAAAGGAGAAUUCUGGUGGGGACUGGAAAAUAUCUGGGCCAUCAUGGAAAUUGCUGUCUUGAGAAUAGAGAUCUGGGACAGAAUGGGAACCUAUGAAUUCAUCGACUACAAGCACUUCUACGUUUUACUACAUGAACCUUUUCUCACAAACUAUGGAUCUUACAAACCUAAACAGAAGCACGAUUAUUUCAACACAACUUAUUUCCACAUUUCGGAGAAGGAACUAAUAGGGCCCAUGUCUGUUGAGCCUAUCAGGAAAAAAUCAAUUUGGCUCCAAACAAAAAGCGAAGGCAACGCAACGGAUUGCUUCAGACUUUCCAGUAACCAAUAUGAAUCCUUUUAUACACCAGAUCGCACAUUUUACUUUUCGACAAAUGACAGAGGUGAGUUUUCAAAGGCAGCUAAGGCAUGCAAAGGUGGUUGGUGGUACACAAAGCACACGGAAUCUUAUGAUCCUUGCAAGUGUGCACUUAAUGGAGUAAACCUCCUAAGGGAUUUAAGGGAUAAUUUUGAUGCUUCCAAAGGUCCAAAAUAUAAUGGACCUACAACAAGAAUGAUGAUAAGAAAGCAAUAA